AGUCCGCGGAAGUAAUUUGCAGACAGAGUGUGACUACGGCGUCGUGCUGAUUCAUCUCUGAUUCUUACCAUUCAGGUUCCUUCAACAGACGGUUUCAUACUGAGACAUGGGUGACGACGAGGAGAAGUAUGAUGGCAUGUUGUUAGUUAUGGCACAACAGCACGAAGGAGGUGUACAAGAGCUUAUCAACACCUUCUUCAGUUUUCUUCGUCGCAAAACUGAUUUUUUCACUGGCGGUGAGGGAGAUUCUGCAGAGAAGCUCGUGAAAGAUGCCUUUGCCCACAACAAGAAAUUAGCACUGGAGGCUCACAAUGAAAAGCGAGAGAAGGAGAAGCAGCAAAGAGUGAAAAGAGCUGCCAAAAUAGCGGAGGAUGAGAAGAAAAAGAAAGAUGAACCAAGAAUACAGGAAAUCACUGACGAGGAGGCUGAAAAGCUUCAAUCUGAACUUGCUAAAAAAAAGAGAGAAGAAGAGAAAGUUGAUGACAAUGACAAAGGCUCUGACUCUGGAGAGGAGGAUGAGAAAGACAAAGGAAAACUGAAGCCAAACGCAGGCAAUGGAGCUGACCUUCCCUCUUACAAGUGGACACAGACACUUUCUGAAGUUGAUCUGUCUAUACCAUUUGAUGUGAACUUCCGCCUCAAAGGUAGAGAUGUGGUGGUGGACAUCCAACGGCGCUCACUCAAGGUUGGCCUAAAAGGUCAUCCUCCUGUUAUUGACGCUCAGUUGUACAACGAAGUGAAGGUGGAGGAAAGUUCCUGGUUGUUGGAUGAUGGAAAGAUGGUUGUCAUCCACCUGGAAAAGAUUAACAAGAUGGAGUGGUGGAGCAAGAUCAUAGACACAGACCCAGAGAUUAACACCAAGAAGAUUUGCCCUGAGAAUUCUAAGCUGUCAGACCUGGAUGGAGAGACACGUGGGAUGGUUGAGAAGAUGAUGUAUGACCAGAGGCAGAAAUCUAUGGGUCUGCCAACAUCAGAAGAGCAGAAAAAACAAGACAUCCUCAAAAAGUUCAUGGCGCAGCAUCCAGAGAUGGAUUUCUCCAAAGCCAAAUUCAGCUGAGAGUUGCUGAUCCACCCUUAUUCACUUUCUUGUGAUGCGUUAGAAUUAUGAACCUUUUCUUUUCCAGCAGUAGGCGCUGUGUGUGAAUCUGAAAUGCCUGCGUCAUCUGUACUGAAGUCAUGUCUGUCACGUCUGAAUAUUGAACACAGAAUGAGUAACAAUCUUGUCAGGUUCAUGUUCUCGGAACAUAUUCAACACUGUCUUAUCAAAAUCCUGAGGUUUAGCCUGCCAUGUCAGUUUGCUGCUUGUCUGUUGACUCGAUUGAAGCCUGUCAUAUGUUGAGGUGUCUUUGACCUUUUGCUUUUUUUAAUACAAAAAAAUUGUGUCAGUU